UACUUUAAGACUUACGCACUCGUGUUCAUUAUAACAAAGCGGAUUAUUGAUCGAAACAAAUAAUUUAUUUUUAACAAAUUUAUCAUUUAAAGCACUUCUGUAUUCGCGUGAUUGAAAAAUGUUAAAAAUUUAAUAAACUCCUUUUCGGUGCGAGUUUAAAAAGUAAGUAAAUUUUAGGUGAGGGCUAAUAUUACAUUUUAUGUUAAAUUUUACCUAUAAAGUAAAGGAAUAGUAAAUGCGCUCUCAACCAACCGGAGCAUAUCACAAAGUUCACCGAUUUUAUCGUGUUGGUUUCGUAAAGAGACGUUUUAAUUCUAUUUGGUGAACUACCUAUGAGUAGUUAGUGCGUGAACACUGUCGAGUGUGGUUCGUGGCAUAUUAAAAAAAUUGUUCAUUAAAUUAAUUGUAGUAGACGAGAAAACAAUAAAAGUUUUUAGUGAACGUUUUUGGUUUCAAUCUAAAAUUAAUUAAAGGAAAAUUGAGAAUAAUUGUGAAUUUAACGAAUUGAAGUAUUCGUGAGGUGAUAUGGAUCCACAGGAUGAGGCUCCAAUUGAUCCGGGCGCACAGAAAUCCGCACAAACUUUCGACGAGAAAGACUUUGAAGGACAUAGAGCUCAUUCAGUCUUUGUCGGAGUCCAUGUGCCAGGGGAACGGAGGCAUUCCCAUAGAAGACAUUCGCACAAACAUCACCACAGAAGCUCUUCUGUUCAUGAUGGGACUGAUGAUGAACGACCAAAACUUCUUGGUAUACGUAGACAAUUCAGCAUAUCAGAAGAAGGGGAAAUAUUCACUCCACCGGCUCAAAGAGUCCAAUUCAUCCUCGGCGAAGACGCCGACGAAUCUUCCCACGAGACCCACCCGAUUUUCUCAGAAAUGGAGGAGUUGGUGGGUGAAGGUGAAGAUAUGGAAUGGAAAGAAACAGCUAGGUGGAUUAAAUUCGAGGAAGACGUCGAAGAAGGUGGUAAUCGAUGGUCGAAACCGCACGUCGCCACGCUUUCUUUGCACUCCCUCUUCGAAUUGAGGAGUCUCCUCCUCAAUGGGACGUUAUUUUUGGAUAUGGAGGCUACUUCGGUGGAUCAAAUUGCCGAUAUGGUUUUAGAAAAUAUGGUGAACGCAAAUACUUUAGCUUUAGAUAAAAAAGAUAAAGUCCGGGAAGCUCUUUUGAGAAGACAUCGACACCAACAUCAAACGAAGAAACCAGUUUUACCAAUUAUUAGAUCUUUUGCUGAAAUAGGAAGAAAUUAUUCUACGUCAAAAACCGAGUAUUCCACUCACGUUAUGGGAUUUACGACAUGGUUAGCAGUUAGUCAUCCCGGAAAAGUGGAAGAAUCGUCUUUCGGUGAAAGUGUCGGAAAAUCACCGGAAUAUGGAAAAUUCUUGUCCAUUCCAGGACAAGGAUCGGACAAACACGAUGGUAUGAAAAAAAGUGCAAGUUCCAUAUCAAUGUCUCGACACCAUCACAGUACCACCGAUUUAAGUAACGGAGAUAUCCCACAGCACAACUUACAAUUUAUGCGAAAAAUUCCUCACGGAUCUGAAGCUUCUAACAUUUUAGUUGGAGAAGUUGAUUUUUUGGAUAAAACAAUAUCAGCGUUUAUCCGUUUGAGUAAAGCCUCUAUAAUGGGAGAUUUAACCGAGGUUCCGGUACCAACGAGAUUCCUGUUCUUAUUACUUGGACCUGCCAACACAAAUUCAGGUUUUCACGAAAUUGGAAGGGCUAUGGCGACGUUAAUGUCUGAUGAAGUUUUUCAUGAGGUGGCUUAUCGAGCUAAAAAUAGGGAUCAUAUUUUAGCCGGGAUUGAUGAGUUUUUAGAUGCCGUGACGGUUUUACCGCCAGGUGAAUGGGAUCCGUCGAUUAGAAUUGAACCUCCAGCUGCGGUUCCUCCUCAAGAUUCACGAAAACGACCGACAGCGGAAAAACCAACCGAUGAAAUUGAUGAGGAAGAGGAAGAACAAAAGUUGCGCGAAGAAUCCGGGUUAUCUCGAACUGGAAGACUAUUUGGUGGGUUAAUAAACGAUAUUAAAAGAAAAGCUCCUUGGUAUUGGUCCGAUAUUAAAGACGCCGUGUCCAUGCAAUGCAUCGCUUCGUGGAUUUUCUUGUAUUUUGCUUGUUUGUCUCCUAUAAUCACUUUUGGAGGAUUACUUUCUCAAGCCACCGGAAGAAAUAUGGCAGCUAUGGAAUCAUUGGUUUCUGGAUUUGUGUGUGGAGUUGGUUACGGAUUUUUUUCGGGACAACCCCUCACGAUUUUAGGUUCAACCGGGCCUGUUCUUGUGUUUGAAACAAUCGUUUUUGAAUUUUGUCAACGAGUCAGCUGGGAUUAUAUGUCUUUUCGAUUUUGGAUUGGAACUUGGAUCGCUGUUAUUUUAUUAAUACUCGUUGCCAUUGAUGCAAGUGCUCUUGUUUGUUACAUUACAAGAUUUACGGAGGAAAAUUUUGCAACUCUCAUUGCGUUCAUUUUUAUUUAUAAGGCAGUGGAAAACGUUGCAAUUAUUGGAAAAUCAUUUCCAAUCAAUCCCGGUCUUACUAACAUCUCCUAUAACUGCUCGUGCUCGUUAAAUGGAACGAUAACUUCUCUAACGACCGUUGAUGAGUCUACCACCUUAGAUAAGACGAGUUGUUUGCAAUUAAAUGGUACGUUACUCGGAGAUGGAUGUACCGAAUUCGUUCCAGAUGUCUUUCUUAUGUCCAUCUUACUCUUUUUGGGGACAUUUACAAUUUCGGUUAUUUUAAAAGAUUUCAAAAAUUCCUUAUUCUUUCCAUCAACGGUUCGUCAAUACGUGAGCGAUUUUGCCGUAAUCAUAGCAAUUUUAUCGAUGACUAUGUUGGAUUUUAAAGUAGGAAUAAAUACUCCAAAAUUAGAAGUGCCGCAAGAAUUCAAACCAACAUCUCCUGAUAGAACCUGGAUUAUAGAUCCUUUUAAAAAUCCGAUAUACACGUUUAUACUAGCAUUACUUCCAGCUUUGCUUGGUACCAUCCUUAUAUUCAUGGACCAACAAAUCACAACCGUUAUUAUUAAUAGAAAAGAGAAUAAAUUGAAGAAAGGUGGAGGUUAUCAUCUCGAUUUAUUCGUGCUAGCAAUUUUGAUACAAAUUUGCACAUUAAUGGGGUUGCCCUGGUUCGUAGCGGCUACGGUGUUAUCGAUAAAUCACGUUAAUUCUUUGAAAGUGGAGUCUGAGUGUGCAGCUCCUGGGGAGAAACCCCAAUUUUUAGGGGUGAGGGAGCAAAGGGUGACCCAUAUUUUUAUCUUUUUAACUAUCGGAUUAUCGGUGUUUUUAACACCAAUGUUGAGUCAUAUUCCUAUGCCGGUGUUAUACGGCGUUUUUCUUUAUAUGGGAGUCGCUUCUUUGAAAGGAUUACAAUUUUUUGAUAGGAUUCUUAUUAUGUUUAUGCCGAAUAAGUAUCAACCUGAUUAUAUGUUCCUGAGACAGGUUCCAAUAAGACGUGUACAUAUUUUUACUUUAAUUCAAUUGGCUUGUUUGGUGUGUUUAUGGGUGAUUAAAUCGUUCAGUACAACUUCAAUCCUUUUCCCGUUGAUGUUGGUGGUGAUGAUUGGUAUUAGAAAAUCGUUGGACUUUUUCUUCGCCCGGAGGGAAUUGAAGAUUUUGGACGAUAUCAUGCCGGAGAUGACUAAGAGACAUCAACAGGAUAUGAUCGAAGGAUCUGAGCAGGAUAAACCGAUUCACCUGGAGAAUGCGGGCAAUUUGAAGAUAUCGUUGGCGAAUGGGAACGUGAUGAACAUCCCGCUGUCGGCGAUAAACAUAUCUGAAGAGGUUAAUAAGACCGGGAUCUGGAAGCAAGUCAAUAGCUGCAAUAAAACCGACAAGAAACGAGGUGCGUCCGUUUCAAGGUUCAGAAAGAAGAAACACUCGAAAAAGGAGGAGAAACGCGACGAGAGGAAGUUGGAGAAACGACUGUCAACGAUGGCGGAAGAGGAUGAAGAGGAGGGGAUUACGAUAAAGCGUAAUUCAGUCAAAGAUAAAAGUCAUUGGAGCGUCGGUGAAAAAAAGAGUGACAAGUCUGAAGAAACGCGAGUGUAAAGUGCAGGAUAUAAAAAGAUGGUCAAAAUUGGAUGAAGGCUGUGGAUGAUCUGUUUUUUUUUUUAAUCUGACCUAUGUGGAAACAUUUUAGGGUCGAUAAUGUAGCACAAUGUAUUAAGGCUGACCUGAAAAAAAUAUUAGAGAACAAAAAAUAGUAAUGCGAAAGUUUUAACCAAAACCAUCCGGUGUAUUUUUGGAAAUUUUAUAAUAUAUUGCAUUCAAUAUUACCAAAAAAAUCUUGGAAAAAUUGUACCGAAAUAAAUCAGUAUUGAUGCAGAAAAAGAAUAGUAAUUAACAGAAAAACUAACUAUUUAAUUUAAUUAAUUACUCCAAUAACGUAGAAUUAACAACUUUCGUAUCAAUACAUAUUUAUUUCCCUUCAUAAAUACUUCAUUCAUAAAAUUAAAAUAAGCAUACAAAAUUCGCUCAUUAAUCAAUGAAAUAAAUCUUAUCUAUCGUAUUUAAUCCCCAAUCAGGUCAAAUAUUAAAAAUAUGCUUCUUAUUGUUAGAAUAAUUCAUUGCAACUAAAGUUGUAUCAAAAAUACUUCAUCCUCAUCUGUAGGAUCUGUGUUUUAGAUGAUAAAUCAGUUUUAAAACUGUAUAUUAAUACUAUGAGGUACAAUAAAUAAAAUGUUAGAAGAAAA